AUGGAUCUUUUGCCAUCUCCUCACUUCGCGGUCAACAAAAAUUUUCUCAUGUCUAUUGGGCUGUGGCCUCAUCAAUCUGGUUUCACGAAGCAUCUGCUUCUUUUUAAUUUAAUCUUUUUUAUUGGUUCACAGGGUUAUUUUCAAAUUGGUGGGAUGAUAGCUGCGUGGGAAGACAAAAAUGUCUUCUUAGAAUCCAUACCACCGGUUCUCGUGGAUUUCGUUUGUGGUGCCAAGAUCAUAAAUUUUCUUGCCAACUCCGACAGGAUGAAAGAACUUCUCGUGACGCUUGAAAAAGAUUGGAAAAAAUUCGAAGGAGGCAAAGAAAUUGACAUUCUCAAUCGAUACGCGAUACAUGGUCGGAAACUUACCAUUCUGUACGCCGGUUGUAUGUACGGAUCGAUGGUUCCUUUUUUAGUAAUGCCAGUUGUUCCACUCGUGAUGAACGCCAUAGGCUCCGGGAACGCUACACACCCUAAACGCUUAAUGUUCCGCGUUGAUUUUCUUGUCGACGCCGAAAAGUAUUAUUAUCCACUGCUGAUACAUUCGUACUUCGGUACCAUCGCGUAUAUAACUUUAGUCGUUGCAAUCGACACUAUUUUGAUGAUUUAUGUGGAACACGCUUGUGGGUCUUUUGCUGUAUUAGGUUAUCGGCUGGAACACUUGAUGGAUGGUGUCGAUAUCAGUGUGGACGUUUAUCCACAUAAGAACAAUGACACACAUUAUGACAGUAUGGCGGAUUGCUUGGCUCUGCAUAGUCGGAUUUUACAGUAUUCGAAACGCAUCGAGGAAGCAAAUCACAUAUCGUACUUUUUUCAACUGAGUAUCACCAUGGUGUGUCUGAGUUUCACAGGCUUUCAGACCGUUGUGUAUGCCGAUGCCCCUGAUAUUGCAGUUCGUUACGUCGCGUUCACUACGACCCAAUUGGUCAUUUUAUUUCUGCAAAGUUAUCCGGGUCAGAUGUUAUACGAUCACAGCAUCAAAGUAUCCGAAUAUGCUCACAACUCUGCAUGGUACUUGACUUCAGUCCGAACGCGACAACUCGUUUGCCUGAUGACAAUGAGAAGCCGUACGCCCUGUUUAUUGACUGCGGGCAGAUUCUACGUACUUAAUUUGGCGAACUUUAGUGCGGUCGUCCGUACGUCGAUGUCGUAUCUGGCAGUUUUAACUUCCAUGAAAUAAUCCCGUAGAAGUCGAAAGUAAUGCUUUCGGAGAAGAGAACUCUUUUAGUCACUUUUUAUACGAGUAUUUAUACGAAUAUCCCAAUGUCAUAUGAGUAUUUAAGAUUUCACGCCUCACUUGAAUGUUUUUUUUUUCAACUCAUUCUCUCGUUUUUCGCAAAAAAUAUUAGCUUCACGAUUUUCAUGUGACGUAUUUAAGUAACCGAACGUGGCUUGAAAAUAAAACGUUUGUGCUAUCACCAAAAUUCUAUGUUUUGCUAUGAACGCUGAAAUGAACAAUUGUUGAAGAAGAAAAAUUAGAGAUUUGAAAACUCCCAUGGUACGUAACCCCUCUAGUUUGGGCUUGCCUACGAACCUCAAUUUAUUAAAGUUCAAUAUGAAAAUGAUGAUUGUUCGCCUCAAUCGAUUGAACUAAAGACAAAAAAGUGGCAUUCUACUCUCUCGUUGCACUACCCAACUCAUUUUUAUCUGAAAAUAGAUCAAAAUGUUUGUUGCCUUUUUACUCGAGCGAAGUCAACGUCAUCGUAGACCAUUAUCUUGCUCAUGAUACAUCAAGAAUUCUCUUUAUACCUCCUAUGCACGUACGAAAGAGUAAACCAAAUUACAGACAUUACAAUAAUACAACCAAUUUCGGGCUACAGUUUGCAAAUGCCAUUUUCAUUUUUUGUACUUGCUGAAAUUGCUGGCUUACAAAAUUUUCACUUCGUGUGUAAUAA